CAGUAUUUUCUUUUAACUCUUGUCCUAUGAGAUUUCCAAGUACUCUAUUUUAAUUGGAUAAAUAAAUCUAUGUUGUUAGGAGAGCAGCCUACAUCAGCACAUUUGUGGAAGUACAGAACACAUGUAUUCAGUGGUAUAAGGACGAUUCAGCUGGACCACCCAGAAUGAUCUACAGGUAGAAUAGGCUUAUUUAAACCAAGAGCAUGAAAAGAUUUCUCUUGUUUGUCUCAGAAGAAGAAUGAGCUCUGCGAAAGAAGUCAACUAUCCUCACAUUCUAAUUCAGUACCAGAAUGGAUUUCUAGUAUCUAAGGUGAUGUUUACUGCCUGUGAGUUGGGUGUGUUUGAUCUGUUGCAAGAAUCAGAAGAAAAGUUGUCAUCCAAAACCGUCGCAGAACGUCUGAGGAGCAGCCUUCCUGGAAUGGAGAGACUGCUGGAUGCCUGUGUGGGUUUGAAGCUCCUAGAAGUAGAAGUGAGCAAAGAAGGAGCUUUUUAUUGCAACACAGAAAUCUCUGAACAGUUUCUCACCAAAUCAAGCCCAAAGUCUCAGUAUCAUACCUGCAUGUAUUACUCCAAAACAAUUUAUCCUUGCUGGCAGUACUUGACAGAGGCUGUAAGGGAAGGCAAGAACCAGUAUGAGAGAGCAUUUGGCAUUUCAUCGAAAGCUGUUUUUGAAGCUCUGUACAGGUCAGAAGAAGAGAUGCUAAAAUUUAUGUAUGGAUUGAAUGCAAUUUGGAGCCUAUGUGGCAGAGAUGUUAUAGCCGCAUUUGAUCUCUCCCCUUUCACUAUGAUUUGUGAUCUUGGUGGAGGUGCUGGGGCUUUGGCCCAGGAAUGUGUUUCACUAUAUCCAGAUUGUACAGUCACUAUUUUUGACCUUCCUAAAGUAAUUCAAACAGCCAAGAAGCAUUUUGUACCGCUAGAGAAACAUCGAAUCAAUUUUUAUGAAGGGGAUUUUUUUAAAGAUCCUCUUCCGGAAGCUGAACUGUAUAUUUUAGCAAGAAUCCUCCAUGACUGGUCAGAUGAGAAUUGUGUACAACUUCUCACAAAAGUACAAAAGUCUUGCAAAACUGGUGGUGGUGUUUUACUAAUUGAAACUCUUCUGAAUGAGGAUAAACGUGGCCCAUUGGAAAGCCAGCUCUAUUCGCUAAAUAUGCUUGUUCACACUGAAGGAAAAGAAAGGUCACCAGCAGAAUAUAGCAAGCUCCUCACAGCAAGUGGUUUCAAGGAGAUCGAAAUUAAGAAAUCUGGAAAGCUCUAUGAUGCCAUUUUAGGAAGAAAAUAAUGGCUUCUUUCACCUUAUUAUAAAUGCAAACAAAGUGAGAUAAUAUACUUGGUCUCAAUGAAAUACAAUUGAGCUAAAUCCCAUUACAAAACAGAAAUUAUAAUAUAAGUCUAAAAAUAU